AUGCGAACACUCCAGGGUGAGGAGCGCACAAUCCCAGAGGCACCUUCAUCCAGUGCGAGCAGGGACAAUGUGCCGCAUUUGCUUGGAUCAGAAACUGCGACGUUCGAACUUCAAUCUGACACCGUCAGCGUAUCUGUGGAGACGGACAACAGCUUGGCUACUCUCCUCGAUUUCACAAAGAAAGAACUGCAACAGGCUCUGGUGGAACGUGGGCUGCCCAAGACAGGCAACAAGACCGAUCUUGCGCAGCGCCUCUUUGCUGCCCUGGAGGACGAGCGCUCUGUGCUGCUGACAGAGCAGAUGGAAGCCAGCGCAGAGCUGCAGCGGCAGUACCAGGAAGCGGCUGCCAGCUCUGGCUUCAGGCAUGUGCUGCCUGGUGUCACGGACAGCACUGGCGCUGAUGAUGAGGAAGAGGACUUUUCGAUGUGGGCGACACAGCUGGAAUCAGAGGAGGGGAAUUAUGGGAUGCCGGGUGAGGACGCCGAGCGAGGGCCGAACAUGGAAAGCAGACCAAGUGCAGAGAAGGACCUCCCGGAUAGGGACUGGCGCAUGAUGAACAACAGGCCCAGUGAGAUGAUGGAGAUGUUUGAGCACCAGGGCACCGCAGCUGCAGAGCUGGCAAGCGAGGACUAUGCUCAGCACCAAAGGGCUGAACGAACAAAUGCAGUGGCCUUCAACAACGAUGAAGACGAGGAGGCCAGAGUGGAGGAUUCUCAGGACAUCGAUGAUGAUAUGAAUCCUUCUGUCACAGGCUCGAGGUCAGGGAGGCAGCAGCGGAUGAGCCCCUUUGGAGAGGACCCCGACCGCUUCGACACUGACAAUGAGCUGGAAGAUGGCUUCAGCUUUGUCAGCGAAGAUGCAGAUGGCUUUGACUCUGAUGCGGAGGAGCGGCUGGUCCAGCUGGACAGCAGCGGGGCCCAGGGGCGGGAGAGGCAGCUUGAGAGCGCGCAUACAUCCGAGGACCCUUUCUCGCAGCGCCACCGCAACUACCAGAACCUCAGCGCGCGCUCGCCGGACUUUGAGGACGAAGCCUUGGAUGAAGACGAGGAUGUCAGGGAUGAGGAGCAGCUGGGGCCACUUGAAGAGCCCACAGCACAGGGGCUUCUGGACACGGUGGUGGCAGGGGAAAAGCUGGAGGGAACGUUGGUGGGGACGGGGCGCGGCGCGGCGGCUGUCAGCGGCGCGACGGCCGACGGCAAGGCAGCAUUCCUGGGGCGGGCAACGCCGCAGUACUCCGUGCCUCCGAUUACUGGCAGCACGGUCUCCAUCCCAGGCGGCGGUGUAAAGGGCAAGGGGGCGGGCCAGCGCCAGGGCAAGACAGCGCUGACGCAUGCGGCCGGCCAGGAGUCUGCGGUGGUGGCCUCGCAGGGCGUGUCCAGCCUGGACACCACAACAGCGCUGGAGUGGAUGCUUACUCGCCUGCCCGAGGCUGCCCAGCUGCCCAGCACAGGCAGUUCCACCCCACAGCCGGGCAGCAGCGCUGUUGAAGACCAGCUCGGCGCUCCCGAACAGGACACAGGAGCAGAUCAGGCCGUGGAGGAUGGAGCAGAGGCAGUGGAUCUUGAGCAAGCAGUGGCUCCAGUGGACCUGCCUUUGGCAGAUCAGGCAGAGGAGGGUGGACCAGAGGCACUGGACGUUGAGCAGGCAGUAGCUGCUGCAGAGGCGCCAGCAGCUGCCCUGGAGCAGCUUCCAGAGGACCUGGCAAUGCUGGAGACAGAGGCGCCUGUGCAGCUGCAGGGCUUUGAGCUCGCCACAGAGGAGGCCGCCACAUCGCCAGCGCAGCUGCACGCUUUGUCAGACGAGGCAGUGGAAGGCAUGCAGGCGCCUAAUGAUGAUGUGGAUGAGCAAGCUAAGGACCACUAUGAGAGCAGGGAUACCAUCAAUGGCUCGGCAGAGGCAUUGGCAGCAGAAGACAUGGCAGCGGACACUGUCCAGAUGCAGACUGGCCAGCUCCAGGCUCAGCCAGAGUCAGAGAAGGGCGAACUCAGCUCAGAGCUUGAUGAGAGCGCUGCUGCCCCCACUGCAGAGGAGGCUGCCCUGUUGUCUGCAGCAGUUGCGGACGGUGCUGCAGAGGCAGAAGAGACAUCCCCAAUGGCUGAAACAGCUGCUGAGGUGCUGCCCAGCGCACAUGAGGCAGAUGCACUGGAGACAGUGGAGGCUGUUCCUGUCACAGAGAUUCAGCCUGUCAAGCCUGAUCAGACAACAGACGUGGAUGAGAGUGUGGUCGAAACCAUUGGGUCUUCCGCUGGCCAGCUGCCACAGCAAGCCGAGGUGGCUGCUUUGCAAGAAGAGAUGAAGCAGAGACAGGAGGCCAUAACAGCUCUGCAGAGCAAAAUGGAGGCAGCGAGCACUGCCGGGGAUGACAACACCGCCCGCAUUGCAAGCCUACAGGCUGCUCUAGUCGAGCUGCAGUCGCAGCAGCUGGCCUGGAAGCAUGACAACCUCUCUGGGCGCCUGGCCAAACUGCUGGACGCUGCCCCCAAAGCUACCCUGAACGCCAGCGCAAAGGAUGAGCUGAAGGGCCAGCUGGAGGCGAUGCGAGGGGAGCUGACUCAGCUGGAGGCUGACCUGGCCUCGCGCAACAGCGAGGCGGCCGAUCUCAGCCGCGCGCUGGCCGAAGAGCGCGCCAAGCUGAGCGGCGGCUCUGGCACUGCGCCGGCCGGCCACAACCGCGUGCCUGGCUCCAUCCAAGUCAAGCUGGAUAUGGACUUGGGGCAGCUGACUGGUACUGGCCCAGAAGUGCCUGCGCAGAGUGGUGGCAAGCGUCUGCCAUUCCCAUCGAGCAAAGCAGCCGCGGCGCAGUCCAGAGCCAGCAGACCUCAGGCUCGCAAGUCCUCCUUCGAUGCAGGAUCAGCUUUGAGCGCAGGCCUCGUGGGAGCUGUGAAGCUGGUGAGCAGUCUCUUUGGGCUUGGGGGAAAGCCCAGCAGAGGCAAGCAGGAGCAAAAGAAGCGGAGCACGCAAGGUCAGAGCAGUGGACAAAAGCCCACAGCGCAGGAUGAGACGGACAGCUGAGGUAGCGGGCUCUUGCUUGCUUAUGGACAUGCUCGUAGCCUUGGGAUGUGGCGUGUUGGACUGCAGGACUGACUGCAGCACCAAACUGCUGGCAAAUAAUCAAGGGGCGCGCAUGCCACACUUGGCUAAGUGAUCUUUGCUUGCAACAAUCUUGUGGAGAGUUCUACAUGUUCACUAGGAGACUGCAGGCAGCUGCAUCAAUGUCACAAAGUGCUUUUGAUCCCGGGCCCCGGGUGUGGAGGCCACUAUAGUGCACAGAUGUAUUACAUGCAUGCCCCAGGCUCUUACAGACUGUAUCAAAUUGGGCGGAUGUUGCAAACGCGGCGGUCUGAUCAGGAACUCGGGUGUUUGAGUGAGAAGAGAUCCUGAUCGAUCCUGGAUGGGCCCAUGCAUUCCGAUUGCAUGUUGCUGUCAGCGUACACUAGUUUAAACAUGUAUCAUGAUC